CUCAUAAAAUGAUGCUUCAUUUGAUUCUUUCAUCCACAACCAGACUACUAGAUAAGAUAAGUGACAUUAGAUAGAGAUAGCCGAUUAGAUAAGUCUAAGUCUAUUAUAUUAUACUACAUUAACAUGUAUUUUAAGUGUACUUCUUUGCUGUCACUGUGUCUUUAAGAAAUCUCCUCCCGCCUUUUGCUCAAAGUUCCGCGUUUUAUAGAAUGCUCGAGACCGGAUAUCGUCUUAAACGUUACAGACACGUCACGUCCAUCAAGAAUUACGCGCCCAAACUCCAGCAUUUGCAGGGGCUUGUCUGAACAUGGCCACUCAGUCUAGAGAUGUGACCCCACCGUGGUGAUGGAAAGAUGAAGACGGAGGUGCCAGAUUCAUCGCUCCUUCAUUUUUCUCACUAUAUGUUGUUUGUAGGAGGAGCUGAAGAAAAGAAAAAAAGGAAUAGAUGGAGAGAGAGGAGAACAAAGAGGCAGAGGAGAAAGUGUGGCUGGCCACAUCUGAUAGAGAAAGAAAAGAAGGAUAUAUUGAUGGUUUUUCAGCUGAAAGAGGAGCGAUGAUGGGUCUGGUUUUACCAGGUUUCUUUGGGAACUUACAGUUGGAGGAAAGUUCCCCAUUAGGACUCUCUCUUUCCUCUGACCAUACGGACACCUGGGCUCCGUCCAUCCUGUCGUCCUCUUCCUCCUCUCUGCCCUGUCUCUCUCCUCCUCUUCCUCCGUCGGUGGGGCUGGAUGGCGUGCUGGCAGAGGGCCGGCUGGUUCUGGACAUUUAUCGGGGCGGAGGAGAAGUUCUGCCUGUGUUCUGGGAGUGUGUUCAGGAGCGGAUGAGAGGCCUGCAGUACCUCAGACUUGGAUCAGAGGACGAGGGGGCGCUAGAGAGAGCGCUGAGUGUCCUGCCCCGACUCACACAACUGCGCUCUCUGACUAUCAGAGGACACCGUUUCCAUGACCCUCAGGGUGACCCCCUCCCCGGCCUGCUCUCCUCUCUCCCUGACUCCGUCUCCUCUCUGUCUCUCCUCGUUCACCUUGAUCUCUCCUUCAACCAUCUCUCCUCUUUUCCUCCCUGUCUCCUGUCUCUCUCUCAUCUCUCGGAUCUGCUGCUGUGUCAUAAUCGGCUGACGGGUGUGCCGGAGGAUCUGGGAGCGCUGGCGUCCCUGCGGCGGGUGAGUCUGCUGGGGAACAGGCUGGUGGAUCUGCCCCGAGGUGUGGGCCUCCUCUGCAGGCUGGAGGAGCUGGACGUGUCCUUCAACCAGCUGCAGAGACUUCCAGAUGAACUCGGCCAACUACAGGACUUACAAAAACUAGAGCUGUCAAAUAACAGGCUCAGAUCGCUGCCGGAGACUCUGGGGUCUCUCCGCUCUCUGAGGCAGCUAGUAAUCCAGAGUAAUGAUCUGAGGAGUGUUCCUGAAUGUUUGCACUCCCUCCCGCUGCUCAACAGACUGGACUUGAGGAACAACCCGCUGGAUCGACCGCCGACGCCCCCACUGAUCGCCCGCGUGACUCCAGUUCUGGAAGAAUCUGAGAUCCCAGAGCUGCACCUCGGAUUUCAUCAACACAGUUUUCAAGUAACACCUGCUGGCUGUCACGUGUUCCUUCCUGGAGGGGCGGAACUCUUGUUUCCACGGAGAUGCGUAAAUGCAGUCACACAACUCCAGUGGGCGGAGAGGAGACCAGACAGAAAGUGGGUGUGGCUAGAGGAGCAUGACAUUCUGUUGAGUCGACGGCUGGAGCUCCGCCCACACGGAGCCACAUUUGAGAAGCCGGUAGUGGUGUGUAUUCCAUAUCACAAAGCACGGAAAGGUGAUGUUGCGGUUCGCAGGUUUGAUGGUCGGUCUUGGACGACACUACCCACCCUGACCAGAAGGGGAAGUGAGAAACACAGCUGCAGGCCAGGGGGACACUCAGCGCGGUUGGCCUGCUGCAGUGUGUCGCAGUUCUCAUGGUUUGUGGCCAUCUCACGUCCUUUCCUGGACAGUUGCUCUGUGUCUCCAGUCGGGGCGCUGCUGGUGUCUCAAUUUGACCCGGGGAUUAAACUUACUUUCCCUCCAGAGUGUACAACAGAGACACGUAUGGUCACAAUGCAGGUCCUGCAGGUGGCGCUGUCUGAGGUGCAGGACCUGACCGGAGACCCUCAUGCCAGUGCCAGCCCACUGUUGUGCCUCUCUCAAACUCCCAGCAUGCACUUCCUUCAGCCAAUCAGAGUGCAGAUUCCUCUUCCACCUGGAGUGACUGGACACAUGGUGGACAUGUCCCGUUUGCACCUAAUGCACGGUGACCCCACGGCCCACACCUGGACGGACAUCACCGCUCAGGUGUCGCUUUACGUCACGCACAUCUACGCCGUUUUCUCCAUCACACACUUCUCAUGGUACUGGUUGUGGUACACCACUCACAGGUGUGUUAGUGGGGUCGUCAGGAAGAUGUAUCACCGCUUGAAACAGUUCCGGGUUCGAUUUCUGGCACUACAGAGAAAAAACGACCCAGAGCAAGUUCUGCUGCAGUGCCUGCCAUCAGACAAGGCUGAAGGCAGGUUGGUGUCUCUGUUGGAGCAGUAUGAAGGUCCUCAGCCGUCUGAGUUGUGCGUCCUGCUGGAGGGAGAGCAGUUUUUUGCCGGUUUUGAGAGAGGCAUUGACAUCAACGCAGACCGUCCGGACUGUAAAGAUGGCAGACUCUCAUUCACCUUUUACUCUCACCUGAAGAACAUUAAAGAGGUGCAUGUGUGCCCGACCCACCCACAGCAGGGCACAGUGAGAGGACAGGUGAGAGGACAGGUGUCAUUUUACCGUGGUGAAGUGCCCAAUGAUCUUCCAGAGGAAGUGGCGAGUAAAAGAAAAGGUCAUGACAGCCAGUGGAUGGCGACGCUUCCUCUCCGGAUUCCUAACGCAGACUGUGAUGGGAGCAUCUCCGGCGAGCUGAACCUGGGCGACCCGGAGAGCGGCUACCUGACACAGACCAACCUGCUGUCCAUCUCCUUACGCAUCAACCAAGAGUGGCAGAACAUCGGCAUCAACCUGGGCAUCAGCUACGACCAGCUGGAACGCAUCCAGAACCAACACAGGGACUUUGGGGCCCAGGUAUUGGCGAUGCUCUUUCAUUGGGCGAGAGGGCAGCAGGGGGCGGGGCCUGGGGCGGUGCAGCGGCUGAUGAAAGCGUUGGUGGACAGUGGUAGGCGGGACUUGGCGGAGGAAGUAGAGGACAUAGUGACUCUGGGGAAGAGGAAGUAUGAAGAAUCACUAAAGAGAGUCGGACUGGAGACAGCAGCCAGCUCUGCAGACCCUCAGGCCAGCUGACACACACUCACAUUGUGCUGCCAACAUCAUGACAUAUAAACUCCCACCAGCAGCACUGCAGACCAACACAGACAUACAGGACAGUCCCUGGGUCUCGGAGCAGCCGUCUGUCUGAAUGAUGUCUUCAUUAGAUGUCUGUCUCUCUCUCCAGCUCACAGUGUCCAGCAGAUAUAAUUUAUUUGUAGUGAGACACAAUGCUGCACAUUUACACUGUGCCAAAUGAGCCAUCCGUAUUUGUUACAUGUUCUUUGUGUUUUAACCAAGAAACAAUCAAAAAUAUUUUUUAAGUAUGUGGGUGAAUCCCAUGCAGCCUCUCAAAAAAGGUCAUAUUUCACCCUAAAAUCAAAUAAAAAUGUGAUUAAUUUAACAUUAACUUAUAUUCGAUAAAUAGUUAUAAAUUUUGCAUAAAGAAAAUGAAGCUAAUUUGGGACAAGCACAUUUUAUACCCCUUUCUCAUUACUGAAAUGCUUCCAGAUGUUACUCUUUUUAAAAAAAAAUUAAUUAAAGACUGUGUGUGUGUGUGUGUACAUAUAUAUAAAAUUAUAAGAAAUACAUAGGUACAUAUACACACAUAUUUAAUUAUUAAAUGUAAAUAUAUGACAAAUUAUUGUAUAGGGCUUAUAUAGCAACAAUACUGUUGUACUUUUUAAUUAAAAUAAUAAUUUAAAGGCAGUAUAUCAAAUCCCACCAUAAUGUAAUAAAAAUAAAACCAAUUCACAUUAAAAUAUUAAAAUUUGUUCAAAAAUGAAAAUGAUAAAUCAUAGGAAGUGUGUAUAUGUAUUUUAUAAUUAUACAUUUUUGUGGUUAUGAGAAUGCUGUUUCGCUCUAUGUAAAUGAGAAUUUGUGGGUAAAAAGUGCUUAUUUAUCACGAAAUUAAUGCAAAUAGGACAAUGCAGAAAUCCCAAGGGACACAAAAAAUAGGCUUAAUAUCGAAAU